CAUGGAGGAUGAGGAGAGCGGAGUGCAGCUCCCGAGUGAGAGGCAGGCGCCCGGCUCCGAAGGCGGUGACGUGUGGAGUGUCACCGACACCAGCCGACUGCGGCACUUCUUGUGCUUCGGCUCCGAGUGUGGCGCUUACCACAUCAGGGAGCAGAAGCUGGGCUUCGAAAAUGCAGAAGCCUUGCUAAGACUGAUCGAAGAGGGCAGGGGUUGUGAAGUUGUUGAAGAAAUAAAAGCGUUUAGCCAAGAGGGCAGAGCAGCAAAGCAGGAGCCCCUGCUUUUUGCCCUUGCAGUUUGCUCGCAGUGCUCUGAUGUGAAAACGAAACAAGCGGCGUUUAAGGCUGUCCCCGAGGUGUGUUGCAUACCAACCCAUCUCUUUACUUUCAUCCAGUUUAAAAAAGAUCUGAAGGAGGGCAUGAAAUGUGGCAUGUGGGGCCGUGCACUGAGGAAAGCUGUUGCAGAUUGGUACAAUGGAAAGAAUGGCAUGGCUCUUGCUUUAGCAGUUACAAAAUAUAAGCAAAGAAGUGGUUGGUCUCAUAAAGAUCUUCUGAGGUUGUCCCACCUAAAACCUGCCAGUGAAGGAAUUGCUAUAGUCACUAAAUAUAUUACCAAGGGGUGGAAAGAUGUCCAAGAAGCUUAUAAAGAGAAAGCAGUUUCUAUUGAGACUGAAAAACUCUUAAAGUAUCUGGAGGCUGUGGAGAAAGUAAAACGCACAAAAGAUGAAUUGGAAGUUAUUCAUUUGAUAGAGGAAUAUGGUCUAGUUAGAGAGCAUCUCCUGACAAACCACCUGAAAUCUAAAGAGGUUUGGAAGGCAUUGCUGAAGGAAAUGCCCAUCUCUGUAUUGUUGAGAAAUUUAGGAAAGCUGACAGCAAAUUCAGUGCUGGAACCACGAGGUUCAGAAGUGGCAAUAGUAUGUGAAAAACUGAGAAAUGAGAAACUGCUAAAAAAGGGUAAAAUACAUCCAUUGCAUAUUUUGGUUGCAUUAGAAACAUAUAAAGCUGGACAUGGAAGCAGAGGGAAGCUUUGGUGGCGUCCUGAUGAAGACAUUUUAGAAGCUUUAGAUGCCUCAUUUUACAGAGCUUUCAAGACACUUGAACCAACAGGAAAACGCUUCUUACUUGCAGUUGAUGUCAGUGCAUCAAUGACACAAAAAGUUUUGGGCAGUGUGCUCAAUGCGAGCACUGUUGCAGCAACGAUGUGUAUGGUUGUAGCACGUACUGAGAAGGAUUCCCACAUUGCUGCCUUUUCACAUGAAAUGGUCCCGUGUCCAGUGAUGGCUGAUAUGACGUUACCUCAAGUUUUAGUGAAAAUGUAUGAAAUUCCAGUGGGUACCACUGAUUGUUCCCUUCCAAUGAUAUGGGCUCAAAAAACUCAGAGGGCUGUUGAUGUCUUCAUUGUAUUUACUGAUAACGAGACCUUUGCUGGAAAUACUCCUCCUGCAGCAGCCCUUAGAGAGUACCGAGAGAAAAUGGGUAUUCCUGCUAAACUGAUUGUUUGUGGAAUGACCUCAAAUGGUUUUACAGUGGCAGAUCCAGAUGACAGAGGCAUGUUGGAUAUAUGUGGCUUUGAUACAGGAGCUUUGGAGGUUAUUCGAAACUUCACUUUGGAUUUGAUUUAAUUUUUCUAGGCAUUUGCUCUUCCCAGUGGGUCCAUUGCUGGCAACAGACUUCACCCUGGGAACUCCCAGGCAAAUAUACUUUAUUAGAUUAUGGCAUAUUAUAUACAUAUCAGAAUGUUACGUGAGGUGGUGGCAGUUCAAGCAUCUCUGACUAGAGCUUCUCACUAAGGUGUUUGUAAGGUUGAACAUAACUAUGGUCUCAUGCAAAUCCUAACAAAUUAAGAAAAACUCAGCACUUGCAUCUCUAGUGUCAAAAUAACUGUCAGUAGCCAGUGAUCCCUCUGCUACUGGAGGUGGCACCACCCGUCACCCCUGUCAUGCCUGGACUUGGUGCCACACAGGAACACCCUGCGCAGCUCGGACACUCAGUUGAAUCAGAUCGCCCUUCAGAACCCUGCAGCACAGCUGGCAACCCUUCUCCACACCCUUUGAGAAAGGCAUCUCGACUCCUGAACCACCUUCCUUGUCUCCAGCAUGCUUAUUUUCCCAAGGCAGUUUGUUUUUUUUUAUCUGUCCACGCACUCGAGACUUUUCUUGGACUUAUUCCUGUAUCAGUCUAGACACCACAGAGCUGGAGUUUGCCAGAGCAUCAUCCCUUGAGUGUUACCCACAGUAACUGUGUGUGCUCAGAGUCCUGUGGCCCAUCAAAAGCCAGUCUGUAUCUGUUCCAGAGGGUAAACAGGACCCCCUGUCAUGACCAGAUAACAGCAAGGGCACAAUGUGCUGUACAAACCCUUGGUCCACUCAGCUUCAGCAGGGUCUGCCUGGCCAGCCUGGCCUGCACCACAUGCAUCACCCCGUCCCUGUUGUCCUCCAGUUCCACAGCAUCCACUGACUUGAAGAGAGGGAUGGUUUUGCCUGGGCUUAUGGAAGAUGCCACCACAGCAAACAUUUCCAUGGCAUCGUGCCAGACCCUGCUCUUGCUGUCCACCAGUGCUGGAGUCAGCCCAAAUGCCAGCUUGGCCAAGUCCAGCUCCCCAGUAGGGGAAGUGAAGAAGGCCACGAUGAUGACCACGUCCUCUUGGACUCUGGAGUUGUUGAGCUGCAGGUACUCUCACUGCAGCAGCAGGCCCAGCACCUGCUGAGAAUGCGCUGCUUUCAUCAGCCACAGGAACAGGGGCUUGUACUCCUGCUGGAUGGCCAGCUUCUUGUCCCCCCAGGACUUCACCAGCAGCAGAGACGAGUGGUGCCAGGAAGGCCUGGACCUGGUCACCCAGUGCCAGCAGAUGGAUCACCUUCAGUGCCCUGAGCACCACUUGAAGUUGGAGUAGUUGAGGAGUGUGUAAAGGAAGCUGAUGAGCCCCAGGAGGCCAAGGGCAGGGAUAGAGGUUGCUGCUGCCUGGCUGGCACCUCGAACCACCCUCUUCAGCUCCUCCACAGCUUGAGUGCAGUUCUUAUUGUCCUCCUGGUCCAGUAGGUGAGCCUGCAGCUCCUGGGUCAAAAAUCUGGACUUCAGGAUGGGCUGGAUGGGAGGCAGUGGUGCUGUGUCCUCACCCACCCGCAGACUCCUCCAGCUCCAGCCUAGGAGCAGAAUGAAGUCCCCAUAAUCCAAGAGGAAGCAGUGACCUGGUGCUCACUUAAACAGAAACAACUCUAUGGGGCCGGAUGCAAUCCAUCCAAGGGUUCUGAGAGAGCUGGCAGACGAGCUGGCCAAGCCACUCUCCAUCAUUUUUCAUUAGUCCUGGCUCACCAGGGAGGUCCCAGAUGACUGGAGGUUGGUUAAUGUGACAUCCUUCUAGCAGAAGAGCCUGAAGGAGAAUCCAGGAAACUACAGGUCUGUCAGCCUGACCUUGGUGCUGGGAAGGUUACUGAACUGAUCGUUUUGAUCACACAGCACAUGCAGGACAACCAGGGGAGCAGGCCCAGCCAGCAGGGGUUUAUGAAAGGCAGGUCCUGCUCCACCAACUUGAUCUUCUGUGACAUAGUGGAUGAGGGAAAGGCUGGAGAUACGUCUACCUGGACUGUAGGAAAGCAUUUGACGCUGUUUUCCACAGCAUUCUCCUGGAGAAGCUUGGAUGGGUGCACUGUUCAGUGGAUAAAGAACUGCUGAUGGCCGGGCCCAGAGAGUGGUGGUGAAGGGAGUUGCCUCCAGCUGGUGGCUGAUCACCAGUGAUGUCCCCCAGGGGUCAGUAGGGGGGCCAGUCCUGUUUAACAUCUUGUUGAUCUGGAUGAGAGGAUCAUUUGCAUAUGACCUGAGGUUGGGCAGCAGGAGGGUUGAUGGCCUGGAGGAUAGGAAGGUGCUGCAGGGGGAUAUGGGCAGCCUGGAUCCAUGGGCCCAGGACUAUUGGAUGAAAUUCAACAAGGCCAAGUGCUGGGUCCUGCACUUGAGUCACAACCACCCCGUGCAGCACUCCGGGCUUGGGGAAGAGUGGCUGGAAAGCUGCCUGGUGGGAAAGGAUCUGACCUGUAUCAGCAAUAGUGUGGCCAGCUGGACCAGGACAAUGAUUGUCCCUCUAGACUUGGCACUGGUGAGGCCACACCUCAAAUCCUGUGUCUAGUCAAGCAUUGGAACAAGCUGUCCAGGGAAGUGGUGGAAUCAUCAUCUCUGGAAGUGGUCAAAAAACUCGUGGAUGUGGUGCUUAGGGGCGUGGCUGAGUGGUAGAUGUGGCAGUGUUAGGUUAAAGGUUGGACUCAAUGAACUUAGAGGUCAUUUCCAACCAUAAUGAGCCUGUGAUUCUUUGUUACCUUUUUGUGAAGGGAAAACAAGAAAAGCGGAUGAGAAAUCUCUUUUCUCUUUUUUCCUGUUGCACACAAUUUAAAAUAACAGUGGGAAGUUUGCUAAAAGUGGCUACAGGGUAUACAUAAUUUAAUUUCACUUAUAAUAGGUUAUAAAUAUGGAGAGAUUUUUAAUUUCCCCCUCCCCUGUUGCUGUGGAAUGCUUGUUUGCGAGAAUAAAUUGACCAAUUACUUUUAGAAUGGGGCUGGAAAAAAUGGAUUUAGUAUUUUUAAUAAUGUCAGUUUAACAGCAACUUCACUGAGAGGGACUUUUCUUUGGGCUUUUUUAAAUCUUUGUAUUUUAAGCAUUACUAAGGUUCAAUGGUUUCCAUGGUUACAGUUAAAACCUACUAAACCUAAAAGUAUUUUCUGGUACAUAUUGAGACCAUGUGACUGUGAUACAGGAUAAAAGUUAUCCAGGGAAAUUUUAUACUGAUAAAACUGAAAGUGGAAGAGCUCAUGCCAGUCUUUUUCUCUGUAGAUCAUCAUCUGAGUUUUCUGGAGUAAAUAUCUCUUUAGAUAAAUUGAGGGGCAGUUUCUGCACAAUACAGUUUCAGAAGCACUAUUUUAGAAUUAAUACGCUUUACAGGAAGUUCUAAAAACUGUUUUUAGUAGAAAAAGACCUUGGAAAUGACUGGGAUGCCACAUUCAGUCCAUAUUACAACUUCAGGAAGCAUAAGCACACUUUCAGCAAGAGAGAUCAACGAGUGCAUGUGUCUUGGCCUGCUCUCCAAAGCUGAGUGGGAACAACCAGAAACCAUAAGCUACUUUUUUUUUUUUUCCAAAAGAAUGUAUUCAGUAAUACAGAAACAAUCCUCCUAACAGGAGAGUAUUUCAUUUUUAAAAAUAUUUUUGUAGAUUAACGCUACUUCUGAUUUCAUGAAUUAAUUCAAGCUAACAUGUUUCAAAACUACCUCCAGUUUAUAGUGACCAAUUCUUAAAAACUUUUAUGAACUGUACAGUUGCAUCUUUCAUGUUCACAAAAUCUUGUUUAGGAAGUGAUUGAAACUGGAUUCUUUUUUUUAUUUUUUUAUUUUUAGUUUCAUAGUAAGACUGUGAGUAAACAAGGAGAAAGCUAGUGAGUAUCUUACCACUUUGGAACAGGGAUUGAUAGCAAUUCAUGUGUAUAUGUAUUUAAUUCUGUGUGUGUUUUAUAUGUGUCAGUAUGGGGGGAAGUUAAAAGAUCUCUUUAGUAGAUCAGUCUUAAAAGAUUAGAAAGGUUUUUUUAGUGAUGCUUUUACAACUUCCUCUAAAACAUAUGUGUGUCAGCCUCUUUUAUGCUAAUGAUGGCUGUUUUAAACAGUGAAUUUGAUGUUAAUUUGAAAAUAAUUAUGAUGUAUAAAAAUAACGCAUUUACCCGUUGUGGUAAAUAACAUGUAAGACCAUAUUUUUCUGCCUAAAACCUAAGCUUUUAAAUGUAAAUUCAUAUUAUACUUUUGAUACUUGUAACACUUUUCUUUUUGCCUCAUACAUAUUAAUUACAAAUCCAGAGCUCGCAUUCUGUAGUGCGGGUCUCUCUUUUGGUGCUAAAACAGGAUGUUACAUGUUACUGAAGGUAUUCUGCUACUUACUUACACUCUCCUUUAAUAAAUAAACCAAACCAGUGAGGGAAGCCUUUUCUGACAUUAAAACCAGGGCUUAAAGAACUGAUGGUAGGAGUGUUACCUUUCAGUGAACAUUAAUGUAGUCACUUGUGAAUUAUCAUUGCUCUUACAGUAUAGCUCUGAUAGAAAGCUUGGAGAAUACAGGACUGCCACCAGCUCCUCAGGUGACAUCAAGGAAAAAAAACGUGUUCCUACAAAAGCUGAGACAUAGCACUUUGAGUUUGAAAAAGAAAACCAGCCAUUUCAUGUGAAAAAUUGCAUAUCAUUCUUAGCAUCUAAACAAAACACCAUAUCAAUGUGGGGAGUAAACUCAUUUGCUCAAUACAUGUUAAUAAUUAUUUCAAGUAAAUGCACUGAUGUUUUGGGGUUGGUUUUGGUAGUAAUGUGUUUUAAAUUACACAGUAGUCAAACAUCUGAUUAGGUGUUUCCUCUAAGCUAGAGACGUUGAAAAUAACUGAUGUACUUUUGCAAGUACUUUUUCUUACUUGGAGUAGUAUUUGUGAAGUCAUAGGAAAUAUUUUGGACUGAAUAUAAAAUGAAAACUUAAACAGGUGUUUCAAGUAAUUUUCAAGUAAACUUACUGCAAAUAAAAGGUUAGAAUAGUUACUAACAGACUGAAUGAACGGUUAUAGUGGUGUUGCAUCUUUGAAAGCAGUCCAGUUUAAAAUACUUGAACUAGAGUGUGUAAGUAAAGGUGAACUUUUCAGUAGAACUGAUAGAAAUUUUAGCUCCCUGUAUUUAUUGACACUGGAUAGCUCUGACCCAUAAUAAAAGAUAGUCAUCCAUGCUAGGGUACAUAAUACACUCCUAAACAUUUAUAGUGUCUCUGUACAAAAAAAUCUUGCUAGAAAUAGAAUAUUCUAAGUGGUUUGGUUACACAAUGUAAAACUAGCACUGGUGAGACCACAUUGUCGUCUGCUCCUCCCUUAAGAUUUACACAGAGAGGGGAAAAUGAAGUAAAUGCUGACAGCUGAAACUUCAUAGUGUGACCUUUGUUUCUAUGAUUUUCUUUUCGGGUUUGUUAUUAUCUUCCAGGAAGGGGCAUAGAAUAACAGUGCUGUGUAUUCCUUUUCCCUGGAUCUUUAUCUUUCCUGGAUCUUUAUCUGCCCGUACCCUGAAUUUUAGGGGACAGCAUGACUCAUUUGCCAUAACAUAAAUGCGCUGACUUUAGUGUUCAGUUAUUAAACUGGUAAUUUCCAAGCCAAUAUCUAGACACGUAAAGAGGCAAUAAUUACUGUAAUGCUUCAAAAAUAAUAGAAAAAAAGUGAACUAAGACAGAGUUGCUAAGCUGAAGCAUUAGUUCAGUGUACGAUAAAUGACCUACCUUUUCACCAAAGAGGAGGCAGGGACUCUUUGAAAUUAAUAGUGGUGUUUGCAUUGGAGGAACACUUUGGCUAACAAAGCAGAAAUGGGGCUGUAAUUGUGCAAUGCAGUUUAUCAGUAAAAAUUGAGCAGGGAGAAGUUUAAAGCUAGUUAAUUUUAUUCAAAAUGUUGAUUAAAAUAAGUCUAAAUGCAGAGUGCAACAGCAGAGUGGAUGAACGCAGGUUUCCUGCUAUCUGACAGAACUGAGAGGUUUCACUUUGGCUGCCAUUUCACUGUGACCCCCUUAACAAUUCUGCAGUAUUAAACAAUUAUGCAGUCUAAGGCUGUAAUGUUCAGGCAUUUUAAGAAAGAAAAAAAGGUUCUAAUGGUUGGAAGCACAACAGAGGUAAAACAUUCUUCUGUAAUGAAGGGCUGUAAGGAACAAACAUCAAAGGCCAAGGUUCUUCAUGGAAGGGACACAAUGAAGAAUGUGGAGAGGGCCAAGAAAUAGAAUUUCGUGUCAGGAAUUUUAGACCUGGAGCAAGGAGUAGGAGUGUUUGGGAUGCUUGUAGAAUGAGGUUACAGGCAAAAUAUGGGGUCUUUACCUACGUUCCUCUGUGUUUAAAAAAAAAGAAAAGUCUAAAAGUAGGUGUAGCUCUGAAGUCAGAAGGGCCAGUCUAAAUGCCCACUGUGUGAAGGCUACUAAUAACUGGCCCUAAAAUACCUUGCUGCUUAAAACCACUAUUAAACCUCUUUAUUAAACAUGAAUCAUAAGGGGGGUUGUGUUGUUCUUUUGCAUUGUUGUUGUUUAACUGGUGCCCAUAAAUGGUUAUGGCUUUAAAAGGCUAUUCAACAAAAUACAUAUUCUUGGCUUAAAGAAACACCAGCAGUUUUGGAAGUGUAUUUUAAUAAUGGCUCUGUCUGUAAGAACACUAUGAAAAUAUUUUUGUGCAUUGCAAAAAAUGCUAUGCUGCUGAACCAUGUACCUGACUCACAGCUACUGUAACAGAAGCUUUAGUUUUGGUUCCGUUUGGGUUUUUUCUUCUAUUAUCUUUUUGCUUUACCCUUCCUUUUUUCUGUUAAUGUUGAUUUUUUUUCUCCUUUCCCUUCUCUUCAUCACCUCAGGCCUAUACUUGAAUCUUUUUUUCACGAGCUCUCAUCCAUUCCUUUUUCUUAUUUUUGCCUCUGUUCUGCCUUUUUGCUGUCAUUGAGCGCUUAGCUACUUACACCGGAACUGAUGUCAUAGUAUUUAUUUUAAUUUUUUUAAGAAUGGAUUAACUUUUUUCUUUAAUUAUGUAAAUCUUUUACAAAACAUUCGAUUUGCUGUAUCUAUCAGAUUUUUGGCAAAACUUUGUGUAAAAAUCAGUGACAAAAGUAUACUUUGUUUAUUUACAAAAAUCCAACACCUGCCUGUGAAUGACUUUAUAAAGUAACCUCUUACAAUUGGCUUUUCAAAUUUUUUUCUAGAAUUAGCUCAGUGGUUUGAAACUUUUUAUUCCAUUAAAUAUUAUCAAGCUGCUGUCAUAGGCAGAAUUAGGCAAACAUUUAAAUUAAUAUUCUGGAUAAAUGGGCAACUUCUUUGCAGUAUUGACUAGAGGAAGUCUUUAAAGAACAGGCUGUAGAAGUAAACCUAAGCAAAGUAUCAUUUGCUUGUGCUUUUAAUCCUUACUUUCUCUGACACUUGAUCAGUUUAUAGGUUUAUUUUGCUGUCUGCAGUGGUUUGCAGUGCAGAUAUGCUGUAAGCAAGCUGGUUUAAUGACUUUCUUGCUGGAAUGGUAGAGAUUUCAUCUCACCAUGACACAGUAUUGUGUACAAAUUGCUGAGUAAGAGUUUGGGGGGGGAAAGGUAAUACACUAACUAGGACAGUAUAUUGUGUAUGUGCUGCUCUGAGAGAUAACAUGUAAGAUUAGCUGAUUUCGGCAGAAGGUAUGGUGUCUUUAAAUAUGUGUGCUUACAUAUUUGGAUUUAUAAUUUUGAUACUUAAAGCGUGGUUUCUUUAGGUGUUUCUGCAUUCUGACUUUUAAGUUCAAAAAUAUAUAUAUAUUUGCAUAUAUAUGAGGUAUGUGGAGAACUUUUGCAAAUGCUUCAUUAACGAAUAAUGAAUAUAAAUAGUUGUUUCCCUAAUGUUAACCAGCUUCUUAAGAGUUAAGCACAACUAGUUACAAAUAAAAUGUCUUUUCAUUCUCCUAUAAAAGUGCAGUUCUACUCUUUAAAAAGAAUUCUGUAUAAAAAAAGCAACAGAUGGGCACAUUCACAGAUCUGUCUGCUUAGUUAAAAAACUCAGUGUUUGUUUCCAGCUUCUCAGACUUAGAAGCAUGGGAUUUAGGCUGGAUGAGCAGGUAUCCAUAUCUUUUAGUGGAUACAUUUUAAUAUUCAGAUCCCAGGGCAAGCAUAUUUUAAGAUAAACAGCUUUGUCCUGGAGACAGUGCUGGGCACAAAAUUAUGGAAAUUUUUAAUGACUGUUCUUGAGUCUCUUAAUCUGUUUGUUGUUUGGUUUGGUUUUUUUUUUAUUAUUUCCUAGAGUAGAACCACACUUUAACUGCCAUAUCAUGUUUAAAUAACUUAAACAUAACAUGGCUUUGUGCCAUCCAAUAAUGAAGGCACUGUCUUGCUGCUACUUUCUGUGAAAUUAUACACAAUUAAUGAAAAACUAUUUGGAUGGGGAGCCUUAAUAUGGUUAAAAAGAAACAUAAUUAACCCUUUGGGUGCCUUAAGACAUAUCUCCUUUAAUAGACGGGCACUCACUUGGAUCUGCAGGCAUACAGCACGUUUUCUCCAGCUGGAUUAGAUUACUGCCUUAAGUGACAGUGCCCUGGGAUUUCCGAAGCUUGGAACUCAAAGGGUUAUUUUAGACUACUGUUUGAAAAACAAGUCCCUAAACAGGGAACAAAAUGAAAAGGUCUUUGAAAAAUUCCUUUGCGUACUAUUGUUAUUAUUUUUACAUGAUGGGUUUAUCAGCUUUCAGGGGCAAAAUUAUUGCUAAACUUCUGAAAACACUUAGCUGGCCGAAGAAUUCUACACAGAGAAAAAGAGUACUUGGUAUUGUUUUACGACUGUAUGUGCAAAAUAAAUUGCUUUAUUAAGUAUGAAUUCAGGAAGAGAUGCACAUUUGUGUGUUUAUCUUGAUGACUGUGCAAAAUACAGUAAAUGGCAAUAAAAAUAUAACGAGGCCAGUGUGUUUAAUUAGCUUAUUACACAUUAAAGAUGCACAGUGGAGACAACUCUAUUCUGAAGACUUUCUAUAAAUGAUGCAGUUUCAAACCUGCAUCACAAAAAUAAAGCUGUCAAAUUUAAAUUACACUCUUGCAGUCCUAGCUACCUGGAGUUGAAGAUAAAUGUGAUGCUUUUUUCCCUUGAGGGGGAAAAAAGUAGUUUAGGUACAUGCAGUGUUGAAAGCAAUGGAAAUAACAGGAGUAAUUCACAAAAACUGAGUAAAAAUUAAUUGACUAAUGUUUUUAUUCUAAUGUGUGCACCUUUAGUUGUGUAAUGGUCCCUUUUACUGAAGAAUGGGAUAGAAUUUUCUACUUGCAUAUGGACUUCCUUGAAAUAACCAAGAGUCUUGGCAUUGCCUGUUCUGGCUUUGGAUGUACAUUGUAUGAAACUAUUGAAUUUUAGCAAUUUCUUUUAGACAUUUAACUGAAAGUUAAAAUGGCUAGUAAACUGCAUUCUGAUUGUAGAAUUUAAGUACUAAAUAAACUCUAUGCAUAUUAGA